AUGUCAGACGUGCAGUUGUGCGAUGAGGCCACGAAUGCGAAGCGUCCGGGGGAGCUACUGGCAGACAGGAUGGACUCCCUGCACUGCGCGCCUUUUGACAGCCGCAGGCAGGACUCCCCGAGCAUGAUGCCAGCUUCCAAGCGCCACCGUGUCUCCCCACGCUUGCCUGUUCCUUCGGAGGUGUCCGAGCAGGCUGAAGGAGAAGGUGCAAAUGAAGCACAAGCCAGCUCGGACUGGCGAAUGGUUCUUUAUCACGACCGGAAUGUAGUGCUUUUCAACCCGGGCGAGAAGCCCGCCUUCCGCUCUCGUAGGCUCUCGGUGGACGAAGCAGCGCCUGGAACCGAGUUGUCGAAUCCCUCGGGACGAUGCCCUCUCUGCAGGCAGACUGUCGACGCCCGCUUCGCGUUUGCGGCGCAGGCAUACUUCGAUCUCUUGCAAGGACUGUUCCGCAGCGGCACGCGCGAUCCGGAGGGCGAAGACAUCGAUCUACUUGCGGAAAGCGACCUGUACAGGAUUCUCGGACUUCCGCGCAGCGCGAAAGCCGAUGACAUCAAGCGAGCCUACCGCAAGCGGUCUCUGAGGUUUCACCCGGACAAGAAUCCGGACGACCCCGAUGCCAAGCUCAAGUUCCAGAAGGUUGCCGAGGCCUUCACGGUCCUGUCAGACGAGAACAAGCGUGCAAAGUACGACAACUCUGGCGACAUGGACCUAGAGGGCUUCGACGUGGAGACUUUCAUGGAAAUGGUGAACGCUGCAGGGCUGAAGUUCCAGAAGCAAGACCGCGGUUCGGACGAGCGCGAUGGCCGCGACGACUUCCAGGAGGAGGCGCCUGCUGCGCGAAGUGCCAUGGAUCGCCUGGCCGGCCUGGGCGUUUCUGAUGAGGAGCAGGGCGAUGCAAUAGCCAUCGGAGAUGGAGACUACGAUGCGAAUCCGUUCCUCCUCGGCGCCGAAGCGUCCAAUCCGGCGGAGGUGCCCAUCUUCGCUUCCGAAGGGGGUGCGGAAGCACAACAAGCAGCUGCCGCGGCUCUGCGGCAUCUUCCUGCAGGCCUUCUGAACACUGGGUACUACGUCCGCUUCUUUCAGGAGACGAAACUGCUGGGCUCUGGAAGUUUCGGGGCGGUCUACCUCUGCCGUCACGUUCUAGACGACAUGAUGCUGGGCGACUAUGCCGUGAAGAAGGUGCCGGUGGGAGACAACAAGGUCUGGCUCCGGGACAUGGUGCGGGAAGUGAAGACUUUCGAGCGCCUUCAUCAUCCGAACAUAGUGGAGUACAAGCAUUCCUGGUUGGAGCUGUCCAGGCGUUCCGAGUUCUGUCCCUUCGUGCCUUUCCUCUUCAUCCUCAUGCAGUACUGCAACGGCGGCUCCUUGGCGGAGCAGAUAUGGCACGACGGCAACUCCCAGACGCCAAAGGACCAGAUGCCCACCGAACAGAUCUGGCACUUCCUCUUGGACAUCCUCCUGGGAUUGCAGCACUUGCACAGGCAGGGCAUCCUGCACCGGGACCUGAAGCCGACAAACAUCCUUCUUUCCUGGCCCGACAACAGCAACAGGGGUGCCGGAUCCGAGACGUUCCCCAGGGCGCUUCUGAGUGACUUCGGAACGGCUCAAGCCUUUGGGGAGCCACCGGCCAGUGCGACGGCAGCGGCCUCGCGCGGCUACACGGGCACUGUGGAGUACACGGCGCCGGAGCUGCUCCUGAUGGAGGACUUUGAGCGGGAGUAUUCUGAGAAGAGCGACAUGUGGUCCCUUGGGAUGGUGCUCUACGCGAUGUGCUUCUCUUCCCUGCCCUUCUCGCACGACGAUCCACAUGUCGUGAAGGGCCUCAUCAAGUCCUUCGUGGAAGAAAAGCGCCGUGCGGCUCCCAACGAGAAGGCGCCGAGCGCCGAGGAAGACGCCUCCGGAUGGCUACCCUUCGACACUGGCGGACGCAUCGGGCCCCUUCGCUUGGUGCUUGCUGCUUUGCUGGCCUUGGAUGCCCGGCGCCGGCCUGCAGCCACGAACCUGCUGGAGAACGCGGUGUUCCGUCGACAAGCACGGCGGUAUCUUCGAAAAGCAGACCCUGCAGGAGAAGCGCAGACCACGGCCUUGCCGAUCGACUCCUCCUGGAAUUGCUUUGAUUAA